CCCAGCGUACGGCCCGGCUUAUAUUCUAUCUAAUGAAAUCUGAGGUAAACGUGUAUUUCUACAAAUGUGCGCACUUUUGGACUAAAAGUUUGUAUGUGUAUGCACUGUGAUCAAAAAUAAAUGGGGCCAAAUGCGAUUGAAUGUAAAGGUUUGUGUCUCGUUAUUCUAUUACUAACUACCGAUUGAUUUUGCAUUUCUAUUAGAAAUUAAGAAUUAUUAGUGUCAUUGUAAAUUGUGCAAAUAUCUAAGCUAUCUAAUACUUCAAAUCUCAAGGUUAAAUCAGAAGAUUUUUUGUAAAAAUGUUUCUGUAACAGCUGCCAAAAAAUAGUAUAUAGCUCCACUGUGAGUUUUAACAUAUUUUCAAAAAAAAAAAAAAAAAACUUUUCAAAACAUCCCUUCUUCUGUUUUUUUCACAAAUCGCAAUAUAUAAUAUAUAUAUAUUAAACAUUGUUUGUACCAUAUUUGUAACUGUUUCAAUUUUAAUAUACAAAAAUUAUCUGGUCAAAUAGUUGGAUUUCUGUGCACUUUGUGAUUAUGGACAAUGCAUGACUUUUAUUUUGGAGUGACGACAUGACGUCAUAAGACUGCGCCGCACACCUGCAUCUGUUGUGAUUCUGCUGAAUAAAGAUGGCGUUUAUUAAAGAGGAGACUGAAGACAUGAAGAUUGAGUUUAAUAAAGAGGAGUUUGAAGAAAUAAAGAUUGAAGAAACAUUCAGUGUGAAACAUGAAGAUACUGAGGAACAAACAGACCUAAUGGCACUGAGAGAGGCGAGUCUUGAACUUAAUGAAAGGCAAGAAGAGGAAGAACAUUAUUAUAAACAUCAUUUCAUGACUGGGGAAAGAGCGACACGGGCUUCCUCACAAAAAAGAGCUCAAAAGACUGGAAAUAAAAGUUAUUUCACCUGCCAAGUGUGGAAAGAGUUUCACAUGUGAAGAAACCCUUAAAGUCCACAUGAGAAUUCAUACGGGAGAAAAGCCUUACACCUGCCAACAGUGUGGAAAGAAUUUCAGACAUAAAGAAACCUUUAAAUACCACAUGAGAAUUCACACUGGAGAGAAACCCUUCACCUGCCAACAAUGUGGACAGAGUUUCACACAUAAAGGAAGCCUUAAAGUCCACAUGAGAAUUCACACAGGAGAGAAGCCUUACACCUGCCAACAAUGUGGACAGAGUUUUAAUCAUAAAAUAAGCCUUAUAGGCCACAUGAGAAUUCACACUCGAGAGAAACCUUUCACCUGCCAACAAUGUGGAAAGAGUUUCACACGUGAAGAAAGCCUUAAAGUCCACAUGAGAGUUCACACUGGAGAAAAGCCAUAUAUCUGCCGACAAUGUGGAGAGAGUUUCAGUCAUAAAAGAAACCUUAUAGUCCACAUGAGAACUCACACUGGAGAGAAACCUUUCACCUGCCAACAAUGUGGAAAGAGUUUCACACGUGAAGAAAGCCUUAAAGUCCACAUGAGAAUUCACACUGGAGAAAAGCCAUAUAUCUGCCAACAAUGUGGAAAGAGUUUCAGUCAUAAAAGAAGCCUUACAGUCCACAUGAGCAUUCACACUGGUGAGAAGCCUUACACCUGCCAACAAUGUGGAAAGAGUUUCACACGUGAAGAAAGCCUUAAAGUCCACAUGAGAAUUCACACUGGAGAAAAGCCAUAUAUUUGCCGACAAUGUGGAAAGAGUUUCAGUCAUAAAAGAAGCCUUAAAGUCCACAUGAGAAUUCACACUGGAGAGAAACCUUUCACCUGACAACAGUGUGGAAAGAGUUUCACACGUGAUGAAAGCCUUAAAGUCCACAUGAGAAUUCACACUGGAGAAAAGCCAUAUAUCUGCCGACAAUGUGGAAAGAGUUUCAGUGACAAAGGAAACCUUACAGUCCACACGACUAUUCACACUGGAGAAAAGCCUUACACCUGUCAAGAGUGAGGAAAGAGUUUCAACAGAAAAGGAAGACUUGAAAUCCACAUGAGAAUUCACACUGGAGAGAAACAUUAUGCCUGUCAACAGUGUGGAAAGAGUUUCAGUCGAAAAGAAAGCCUUAAAGACGACAUGAGAAUUCACACUGGAGAAAAGCCUUAAGCCAGGAACACGCCAAGCCGACAGUCAGUUGUCGGGUAGUUUUUGUUAGUCGGGAAACUAAGGCUAUGUCCACACGAAGCUGGAGCUUACCCUAUCCAAUCUUUUUUUUCCCCCUCAUCUCAAGAAAUAUCUGCGUCCACGCGAAACCUCUGAAAUGAAUCAAAACGAUGUAUAUACAUGCCAGACCAGUAUGUGGCGCUGUAAUUCUACCACAGAGAUGCACUUAAAGCAGCAAAUAAGAUUUGGAGCAUGAGCAUAAACCUUGCGCGCUGUAUACAAACUAUAGUAAAGAUUAGAAAUAAUGCUUUAUUUGGGCUCAGUAGCUUCUGCAGCACGAACACAAGCAUCUAGAGUCUGCUAUUGUUGUUGUCGCUGUUUUGUGCCACACCGUUCACUUAUCCAUCCUCUAUGGGUUAUGAUGUCUGCUAUGACUGAUGUUUUAUUGGAAGAUGGAGAUGUAGCACAGUAAAGUUUGCAAAUUAACUACAGGGAGAGAAUAGGACACGCAGACCAGUGAGGAGCCCAGGGAAGAACCGAAGUGCAUAAGGCCUCGGGGGCCAACCCUGUGGUGAAGACUUCCUCAUAGGUUUCCCCUUCUCAGUUUAUCCCCACCUUACUGGUCUAUAGGUGUCAAAUUGAUUAAGACUAGGUUAAGAAAAAGAAGAACAAAACCACUAUACAAUCACUAGAAGUUUAUGAUGAUCAGAGUUAGACAGAAAAAACUAUACGAUCAUCAGAGGUCUAACGUACUAAAGUCUUUGCAUGAAUACUGCUGGUCUGCUGUUUCUUUGUUUUCUUGUGUUGCAGGUAUGUGUAUAUGCCAUGACGGCUCAUAAGCAGCACCUGGUGUAAAGCAUCACCUCGGAUAUCCAUGUACAACCUUCAUGACAAUAUCUGAGCAACUUGGAACAGACAUGGAAAUGCGUUGGAAAUGGACUCUACAGGGAACAGACUCCACAGCUAUUCAGGCGCCAUGGACUUUUAGGACUUCCACGCUUAUGCUACAUGGUUUUCUGUGUCAUCAUGUAGUUUAUACAACAUAUUACCACCCUGUGUUGUAUAUGUGUGUCAACAGUAUACUCAAGUUAAAGAACAACUCUUAUGUAAAUGUUGGACGCAACAUAGAAUAAGAUGUAUGUGCCUGUAUCUGUUACAAGUUACAUGACUGGAAGAUCUGGAAGAACAGAUGGGACUUCUGUUAACAAACAUAGGUUAUAGAAGGGAUUUAAGAAGGUUUAAAUUUGUAUUAUGUGAGAGUUAUUAGAACUCUCAAAGGGGGGACUGUGGGAUUACAAAUUUAAGAAUCUGUUUAAGAUCUGCUGAUCCUACAUCCUGACAUAACCUCACAUGAAAUACUAAGGUAAAGUAUAUUGUAUUUAACAUUUUGAGGUAAAGAUAAUGACAAUUUAAGGAGAUCAAGGCAGGCAGCCCAGGUGUCUGUAACAUUAACCUUUUGUCUUCAUGCACUUCCUAACCAUAGGCAGGACAAAGCUCAAGAUACAGCGGUGCCUUUGUCUCUAUGAUAAUGUAAAGGUAUGGGCAAUACUGUCAGACUGAGUGGAUUAGCACCUAUGCAUUUGAAUGACACCGUUAUGCUGAUUAGAUCAUGGCUGGGAAAUGUAGGGAAUGGGCUGAUUCCUGCACUGCAUUUGCAUGCUUUGUUUAGAUUGUCUCCACCUCUACUCUAUGUAUCCCUCCCCCUUGAAUGUAUAUAAACUACAAUGUACCCUGCCUUAGUUGGACUUGGAUGACUAUACUCAAUAAAGAGUAACUUCUGCUUGAAAGAUA